GAGGUCAGAGUAUCUGUGAGGUCGGCUGCUGUCCAGGGGCAGCCUGGGGUCCUAGUGUCCAGAGGAAGUGGGUACAAGUAGAUUUGGAGUCCCUGUGGGUCCCUCAACCUGAGCCAUGGAAACCUGGGAGGAACUGCCCAGCGUGGCCUUGGUGUCCACAAAUUCCAAGGCCCCUCAGGUACUGGUGUGUAUCCCAGUGGAGUGGAUGAAGGCGACAGGGACAGAGACAAAGUAAAACCACCUUGUGUGUAGAGGGAGUGGGUGAAGCUCCACCCCUGGCACUUCCUCUUUCUCUGUUCUUCCUUUCUGUCUCUUAGCCUCUCCCUUUCUCGUUCAACGCUUCUUUCUCCCUGUCUCCCCACUGCCAACUCCUCUUCUGGUCACUCACCCCUCCAGGUGAAGAUGUCUGCCCAGGACAGCUGCCUCAGCCUCAUCAAGUACCUCCUCUUCGUUUUCAACCUCUUCUUUUUUGUCCUAGGCAGCCUGAUUUUCUGCUUCGGUAUCUGGAUACUCGUGGACAAGACCAGCUUUGUGUCAUUUGUGGGCUUGUCCUUCAUGCCCCUGCAGAUCUGGUCCAAGGCCCUGGCCAUCUCAGGAAUCCUCACCAUGGGCCUUGCCCUCCUGGGCUGUGUGGGGGCCCUGAAGGAGCUCCGCUGCCUCCUGGGCCUGUAUUUUGGGAUCCUGCUGCUCCUGUUUGUCACGCAAAUCACCCUGGGGAUCCUCAUCUCCACUCAGCGGAUCCGGCUGGAGCGGAAGGUGAAGGACAUCGUGCAGGAGACGAUCCAAAACUACCGCGCCAACCCAGAGAAGUCCGCUGCGGAGGAGAGUUGGGACUACGUGCAGUUCCAGCUGCGCUGCUGCGGCUGGAACUCUCCUCAGGACUGGUUCCGUGUCUCCAGCUUGAGCAGCAACAAGUCGGUGUACAGAGUGCCCUGUUCCUGCUAUAACUCAACCGCGACCAACAACUCAACCGCGACCAACGACUCCUCGAUCUUCGAUAUGAACUCCCUCUCCCAGUUCAGCCGGGGCGGACCACCGGCGCGGCCCCAACACGGUUUAGACCUUUGCGCCGUCCCUGCGAACAGCAACACCUACCGUGAGGGUUGCGCGCGGAGCCUCCAGAAGUGGCUACAUAACAACCUCAUCUCUAUAGUGGGCAUUUGUCUGGGCGUCGGUCUACUCGAGCUCAGCUUCAUGAUGCUGUCCAUAUUCCUGUGCAGAAACCUGGACCACGUCUACAACAGGCUCGCCCGGUACCGA